AUGGAAAGUCAAGAGUUGAGCCAACUCUCUCCACUUGAGUGGAUAAUGCCACGAUCAUACGUCAGCCAGAUCCUCUGCUUCCCAUCGUCAAACCCUCGAAUAGCCCAGGUGCUUCUCGAUGGCCUCGCAGGAACAUUAAGAGAUGUCCCAUAUCUCGCCUCGAGGGUAGUGUCCAGAGACCAUCCCAAGGGUUCUGUCGCCUUGAGCCUCCCACGCGACUCAUUGAGCGAUUUGUUUCGCGUCAACAGUCUCCUCACGACGGUUGACUACAACACUCUCAAGUCGGGCGGAUUCAAGCCUUCGCUUUUCGAUGGACUGAUCUUAUCUUCGCCCAAUAUAAAUCCCGCAAACACGUCGCCGAGCCCAGUCUUUCGCGCCGUCUUGUCGCUGGUGAACGGCGGCUGUUUGCUCUGGGUCAGUAUGCAUCACUCAACGGCCGACAUCACCGCGUUCGGCUCGCUGCUGAAAAUAUGGGCGUCAUAUUGCAGAACGGGUUCUUCUGAGGAUAUCCAGUUUGAUCCAAGCUGGCUUGACCGCUCAGCUAUCGUCAGGCAAUCUCAUGAUGUUCCCGCUGAUACGCCACUUCUCCUUCACAAGGAAGAAAGCAGCAACUCGGCUAGCCAGCCAUCAAAGCCUCAGAAUCUGGAAACCCACUUCUUCAGAUACUCUGCACAGUACCUGAAAGGUCUCAAAGUCGAAGUCAACAAGCACCUGCCUGAAGGGACGACUUGGGUCUCGACGAGCGACAUAUUGACUGCUAUCAUUUGGGGGUCUAUCGUCCAUUCUGAGGAUGCAGUUGCCAAUGACAACGUUGCGGACGAGACAUGCUUGAUGCGGAUUGCUGUCAAUUGCCGCAGUCGCUUCAAUCCACCGUUGCCGAAGAACUAUCUUGGCGCAGCGUUCGGAGUGACGCUGGUGAAUGCGAAGAGGGCCGACCUCAUUGCGAUAGGCACGGCAACUGAACAAACACUUUCUCUCCCCGCAAUCGCAAACGUUGCGGCAUCCGUACGCCAAAGCGUCAAUUUUAUGGAUGGGGACAAGAUGAAGGCCAUCGUCAAGCAUCUGACAAGUCAACAAGAUGUCACAAAUCUCAAGCUCUGUCAAGAGCCGGCACCGAGGGUUGCCGUCGUCUCAUGGGCCGACCAAGGAGUCUAUGAGCUCGAUUGGGGCGCUGAACUCGGGCACUGCGAGGCCGUACGACUGCCGUCGUUCAAAGCAAAGCGGUAUCCGGUGGUGUUUCCAAGACUUCCGAAUGGAGACCUGGAGGUUCUUGUAAGCUUUGAUACGGAGACGGUGAAGAAAUGGAAAGCGGCAUAUGACAUGAGUCCGUGGAAGGCAUAG